AUGAUAGUGAUUGUGGGGGCCGGGCCCGUGGGAUUGAUGCUCUCUACAUGCCUCUCCCGAUGGGGCUACCGCGUAAAGCACAUUGACAACAGGCCGGAGCCGACAGCCACCGGCCGGGCCGAUGGCAUCCAGCCUCGCUCGCUCGAUCUGCUCAAGAACAUGGGGCUCAAGUCCGCCAUCAUGGCGCACAAGCCCGCCCGUGUCUAUGAAGUCGCCUUUUGGGACCCUUCGGAAUCCGGCAAGGGCAUCGCCAGGACGGGCACCUGGGCCAGCUGUCCCAACUUCAUCGACGCCCGGUACCCCUUCACCACGCUGUUGCACCAGGGCCACAUCGAGAGGGUCUUCAUCGCGGACCUCGAAAAGAACGGCACCAGGAUACAGCGGCCAUGGACAAUCACCGGCUUCCAGACUCGCAAUCCUGAGACCUCGGAAUAUCCCGUGCAGGUCGAACUGGAACAUGUCAACGGUACGGACAAGGAGACUGUUUAUGCCAAGUACCUCUUUGGCGGCGAGGGUGCCAGGUCAUUCAUCAGGCAGCAGCUGAAGAUUGGCGUCCAGCACAAGGAUCCCAUCGCCUAUGUCUGGGGAGUAAUGGACGGUGUUGUCAAGACUGACUUUCCUGACAUCAAGAUGAAAUGUACGAUACGCAGCCCGCACGGCUCCAUCAUGGUCAUCCCGCGUGAAGACAACAUGGUUCGUCUCUAUAUCCAGAUUGCGUCCUCCACGGACCCCGACUGGAGCCCGAGACGGACAGCCACCGAAUCAGAGGUGCAAGCGUCAGCCAAGAAGAUCCUGCAACCCUACUCGAUUGAGUGGGAGCAUGUGGAAUGGUACUCUGUGUAUCCCAUUGGCCAGGGAAUCUCAGACAGAUACACUCUGGAUGAGCGAGUCUUUCUGGGCGGCGACGCUUGCCACACGCAUAGUCCCAAGGCUGGCCAGGGUAUGAACACGGCCUUCCUGGACGCGCUAAACCUGGCGUGGAAAAUACAUGCCGUGGAGGGCGGAUUCGCGAACCGAGAAAUCCUCAAGACGUACGAGUCUGAGCGAAAAGCGGUGGCGCAAUCACUGCUGGACUUUGACAAUCGAUAUGCGAAGCUCUUCUCUCAGCGGCCGCCCGCCACCUCCGAAGUCCAAGCGGCCUCGGAGGUCACGCACGAUGCACACCCGGAUACCGACAACGCAUUCAUCAGGACGUUCAAGGAAUCGUGCGAGUUCACCAGUGGAUACGGCGUCUCCUACCAGCCGAACGCACUGAAUUGGUCGCCGGAUCACCCGGCCCAGUCAUCCCUCAUGCAGCCGAAAGGCACCAAGCUGCAGUCAGGGCGCCUCUUUGUGAUUGCGGACGUGACCAGAGUCGUCGAUGCCAACGUCGUACACCUCGAGCAAGAGAUUCCUCUCAACGGAUCCUUCCGCAUCUUCAUCUUUGCUGGAGAUCCAGUCAAGAACCGGGCUGCCGUCCGCGACCUGGCGGAUCACCUGAUCAACGCCAGCUCGUUCUACGCAGCCUACAUCCGACCAGAUAUCGACGAAGUCUCGCACCAUGAGAAGCACAACCCCCAUAGCUUGUUCUUUACGCUAUGUACCAUCUUCGCGGCCAAGAGACAUUGCAUCGAGAUUCAAAGAGAUGCCCCAGGCGCGCUGGGCCGUUACCGCGACCACAUCUACGCAGAUGACAGAUGGGACCGCCGUGUGCCUGACGCACGUGCACCGGCACACGCAAAGAUGGGACUCGACGAGGAAAGCGGCGGCGUGGUUGUCGUUCGACCGGACGGCUAUGUUGGCAUGGUGGCGUCGUUGGUGGAAGGAUCAGGCACAGUCGACGCCCUUAACGCGUAUUUUUCGGCAUUUUGCACCAAGAAGUUUGGAAGCGUUGCUGCUCAGCUGUAA